AUGUCUGAGACUGCGCCCGUGGACCAGGCUGAACCCGGCCCAGCUUUCAUGGGGAAGCCAGCAGUCAAAAAGCGAGGGAAGAAGCAGAAGGACGUGGCAGGAGCGAGUCGUAAGACUCCCAGUCUGUCUGUGUCCAAACUCAUCACGGAGGCCUUGCUGGUGUCGCCGCAGCGGGCCAGCAUGUCGUUGGUCGCGCUCAAGAAGACGCUGGCGGCCGCCGGCUACGACGUGCACAAGAACAACAGCCGCAUCAAGCUGGUCCUGAAGAGCCUGGUGAGGAAGGGCACCCUGGUGCAGACCAAGGGCAGUGGUGCCUCCGGCUCCUUCAAGCUGAGCAAGAAGGCGGCUGCCCAGCUCACCAACGUCAAGGUCAGGAAGCCCGCGUCCACUAAGACCAAGAAACUGGUCUUGUCCAGGGAGUCCAAGUCUCCGAAGAGCGCCAAGACCAAGAAGACGACCCAGAAGCCAAGAGCGACAGCGGCUCCGAAAGCCGCCCGAGGCGUGUGGAAGGCCUCGGGAGCCGAGGGCAAGGCCGCGCGGAAGAGCCCCGCCAAGGCCAGGGCGGGCAGGCCCGCCGGCGGCAGGGCCGCGCUGACCCAGCAGAAGGCGAAUUCCAGGAAGGCAGCACCGAAGAAGUGA